AUGAUUAACGUAGAUUUGAGUGUUGCGGCCGCGUUACGGAAGUCUGGUGGUAUAAUUAGUCUGAUGCCAAUGGGGGAUUCUAUUUACUUUGGAACUAAUAUUAAACAAGAACCUUUCACACUGUUGACUCUGACAGAUGAUCAGCGUUUCGCCAUUGAAAGGGCAAAGAAGUAUGCUUUAGAGCAAAGUAUUCAAAAUGCACUCAGCAAACAAGCAGCACAGCUACACCAACAGGACUUAAAUACAAUUAAAAGGAAUCAGGCACUUAUUCUUUUGAGUCGAAUUUAUGUUGGGUCAAUCAGUUUUGAAAUCGGAGAGGAAGAAAUCAGAAAAACGUUUUCACCCUUUGGACCGAUUAAGUCUGUCGCUCUUAGUUGGGAUACAGUUCUACAAAAACACAAGGGAUUUGCUUUUGUUGAGUUCGAGGUACCAGAGGCUGCUUCUUUGGCAUUAGAUCAAAUGAAUGGAUACACUCUGGCUGGCAGAAACCUAAAGGUCGGGCGACCAAGCAAUGCUCCUCAAACUGCUGCUUUAGAAGCCGAACUACGCGCAGAAGUUAGUACUAAGCCUCGUGUAUACAUUGCUUCAGUUCAUCCAGAGUUAACCGAGUCUGAUAUUCAAACUGUAUUCGAAGCAUUCGGAAAAGUAAACAGCUGCAGCUUGUAUCCAGAUCCUAAAUGUUCUGGUCGUCAUCGGGGAUUCGGUUACAUUGAUUUCGAAUCAGAAGAAGCUGCUAUCGCGGCCGUCUCAAGCAUGAAUUGUUUCGACUUGGCGGGACAACAACUUCGUGUUGGACGCGCACUUACUCCCAAAGGAGUUCCUCUUCCAUUCGAACUUAAUGCUAACAAAAGUUUAAAUACAAUUUCCACUAAUCCAAUAUCUACUUCGGCCGUCGCGUUUGCAGCCGCAUCAAUUUCCGCUAAAGUUAUGACACUGUCAGCUGAGGAAAUUAGUUCGAACAGCCUUAAUGGAACAAACCGUCCUACAACUUCCACUGGAUUUUCUGGACCUCCUGCAGCUGCACAAAAUCUCCCGCCUCCUGGUGUAUUUAUUCCUACUUCUGUAGGGGACAAUGUAACGUCAACAUCGGAAGAGAAGCAAAUAGAAGAUGUCAUUUCCGUCACAACUGCAUCCGUCUGGGAUGAUGACGACGACUCGGCGAUCCCUGUCCCAACUGCUUCAGAGGAAAUUCCUGAAAUCCCCGCUGAAGAUCAGGUCGGGGAGCACACUGAAGUAACCGCUCACCUAAACGAUGUCGAAGACUCUCAAGAUGUGUUUACUAUUAGUAUGUCUAGGGUUUUAUUGCUCGAGAAUAUGGUAGGUGUUAAUGAAGUGGACGACGAACUUCAGGAGGAAGUAAUGGAGGAGUGUGGGAACUACGGUUCUGUUCUACGCGUUUUGAUUCAUAUAAUGACAAGUCAGGAUGUUCGCAUCUUUAUUCAGUUUGACCGAUCGGAUGACGCUAAAGCUGCUUGCUGCGCCCUAAAUCAACGCUAUUUUGCUGGUCGUGUUGUCCAAGCUCGUUUGUAUGAUGAAGAACGGUUCCAACUGCAUGAACUGGAUGACUAA